AUGUAUCUAAAGAUUCCAACGAAUGACCUUUCCUUUGAUCUCACGCUUCAUACCGAGGUCAAAACUCGUUAUAAGUCUAAAACCCUUUCAAAGCAAGAAGCUAAUUUUUACGUCAGCGCAACAUGUAAAGUUCAAGGCUAUCCUGAGAUCCAUGUCUCGCGUAGGGAGCGGCGAGGUCACGGGGCGUGCGUAGUGCGUGCGACGUGCGCGGUCUUCAGCUCUUGGUCUGCAACAGAAACCUGCGUCAGCACACGCGCCUUUCCCAAACGACACACAGUUGCAACAGUGAAGCUCAAUGAGGAAGCUGCAUCGCAGAAUUAA